AUGACACACGAGGACGAUGCCUCAUUAUUGCAGAGUUGGAGAGCCUUUUGGCGACGCUCCGGGUGGGAACCUACCGUCUUGACACCCCACGGGGUUGCGGCGAAGUAUGACGACGACGCGGAAGCUUUUUUGGCCGAAUUGGCCAAACUACCAUUCGACGCAUUUCAACAAAUGCUCUUUACCCGGUGGAUAGCCAUGGCUAGCGUAGGAGGCGGUUGGCUAGCGGACUAUGACGUCUUUCCACUACGCCCGUUUUUCGACACAGACUCUGCGAGAGAGGAAAAUGUUUUCAGUUUUCCAAACUCCGGUAAUUUAACGUUGUACGAAGCGGUGGCCCCCUCUCUGGUCUCGGGAUCGGCGGAAGCGUGGCGUGUGGCAGCGUGGGCGUUGCUCGAGGAUGCGAAGAAAAAUCUCAACCGUGAUACUGGCCGCUCCUACACCUAUUGGACGGACACGCUGGGGCUAUUGAAUUUAGUGCGCGAGUCUUCGGUAUCGUCCGCCCCAAUAGUUCGGGUAGAACGUAGGAUGCUUCCCGGUGACAAGGCGUUGAAUGGUAAGACGUUAACAGCUGAAGAUUGCGAUCGUCGACCCUUUCGCAACCGCUGGGCGGUGCACUUUGGACCGUUAAGUUUGCAACGGGGUUCUAUUCCACCAGAGUUGCGCUUGCCGAAGCACCGCACGACGGUGGCUCGACACUGGCUACCAAUCUGGAAAGAUUUGUGUGUAAUAAGUAAAAAUUCGACAAGUUCUGCGGCCCCUUUUUUGAAUGCAGAUGGAAGAAAGUAUUGA